AUGAAAAUAGAUAGACGUAAUGAGACGUCCCAACAAGCCGAGUUGCGGAGGCUUGAGAAGGCGGUGCGUGUGGCUGCAAAUAGAGCUGCGGGACACAAAAACAGGCCCAAGAGUGGCGCCAACAGUAUGCUGAGGAUCUGCCAUCUCAACGAGCUGCUGAAACUUCAGAACAGUCCCAAGCUCGACGCUGAGUAUCUGAUGCUGCAGAGUCACAAGACGCGUGAACAGUCACAAGCUCGACAUCAGCAGCAGGCGUUUCACAUGGCGUCCCAAAGAGCCACUGAAACAUUUGAAGCAGCUAAAUCUCGCAGACGCGCUGUUGCUGAAAUGGCUGCACAACGACGUCAAACAUUUACAAGUGUUUAG